ACACUUUUUGAUCUUCCCAUUAAUUCAGCCAGGUAACAAUUUCCAUCAGAAUUAUUGGUCAGACUUCAUUAAUCUAUCAUACUAAAUAAAUGUAUAUUUUAUCAUAAUAUGUAGGUGUCACUAAUUCAAAUGACCAUGAUCUUAAUUUAAUUGUAACGUACAUUUAGUUCCAUUGGUGGAAUUUGGUGAAACUUCAUCCGAGACUAAAUCAUGUUUGGGCGGUGGCUUUUCCAUUGCAUUGUAACUAUGUUAUAGUCCUUGACUUCUUUAUCAAGAACACCGAUUUUUAUACUAUAGUUUAUCAUUUUAUCUAUGGGGAUUACAGAUCUAUUUUGUGAAUUGUGAUAGCCUCUGAUAAAGUCAACAAAAAUGUGGGCCUAGAAACCACAAGAGAGUUGACUUGGUGGAUCGCAUUGACGAAUUCUCAGUUGGAAAGUAUAAAAUCAAUUCAGCAGAGUAAGAGAAUUAUAAUUGUUCAACAUAAUAUUCAAUGGUGCCAAAGGAAAGUUCAGUAAAAGAAUGUACUAAUCGUAUUAUAAAUUAAGGCAUCGAUUUAAUAAUGAACUGACGUAAAGCUCUGACCUCACGCGAAAUGGUUCAUGACAGACUAACAAAUGAUAAUUUUUAUUUAGAGUAAUUAUAUAUCGUUUGGUCAAAUGUCAUUUUAUACAUUCGUAAAAAUGACUUGGCUUAACCAAAAGCUAUGAAUGUAUAAUACGCCCACGGGGUAUUUUAACUCUGAUCAGAAGUCAGAACCAGUGAUUAACGAAUAAUGUGUCUGGUAAAAACAUGUGAGGUUGGUAAGAAAAACAUCAUUGCACGAUUUUGAAAACAUAAGAAGCAGUAACCUAAUAUUUUAGAACGAAAAAAUUGAGGUAUUAAUAUAGGUCGAGUUGAUAGUUGAUACUAUCAACAAAAAUAUAUUAUCUGGCUAGAGUUGACAAGGUCUGAUUUUUUUUAAAAAAUAUUAGAAGCUCCUGUCAAGAAAAGAAUAAUAGUUAUGAAAAAUAAGCACGAUCUCCUCCUAUAAAAGCCAAUGAGUUCUUGCUAAAAGUUUCACUAAGAACUGUAUAUAUAACCAUGAUGAGAAUGGCUAGUUUCACGGUGGCUCUGAUGGUGAUAGUGGCGACAAUAGCUAUUCGAGUUGAUGGACAUGAGUUUUCCCAUCACCAGGAAGUUAAAAUACUUAGACAUUUGAAGCGACUCAACAAGCCUGCUGUUAAAUCCAUUAAGAGUGAAGAUGGAGAUGUAAUAGAUUGUGUUCCUAUUACCAACCAGCCGGCUUUUGAUCAUCCUUUACUUAAACACCAUACCAUGCAGAUGAGACCGAGUUUCAUCCCUGAAAGUGAUUCAACGUACAUCAACGAAGAGACAAAGACUAUAAAUCAGGUUUGGCACAAGGCUGGAGAGUGUCCUGAUAACACUGUUCCCAUCAGAAGAACAAAGAAAGAAGAUCUCUUAAGACCUAAAUCCAUGAAGAGAUUUGGGAGAAAGCCUCAUCAUAGCAUUCCACGAACUACAACGUUUGAUCCAACAAAAGGUCAUCAGUACGCGAUAAUGGGUGCGAGGAACGGAAAGUUUUAUGGGACAGAAGUUGUUAUAAAUUUGUGGAAACCAUAUGUCCAAGUUCCCGACGAGUUUAGCUUGGCUCAGACUUGGAUUGUUUCCGGAUCUGGCUCUAGUCUUAACACCAUUGAAGCUGGUUGGCAGGUUUAUCCAGAACUAUAUGAUGAUAACAGACCUAGAUUCUUUGUUUACUGGACGCGUGAUGGAUAUCGAAGAACCGGGUGCUACAACCUUCUCUGCUCAGGUUUUGUUCAGACAAGUAAUCGAUAUUCAGUAGGUGGAGCUUACAACAUCGUGUCACGCUACGGUGGAACUCAGUACGACAUCUCUAUACUUAUAUGGAAGGACCGAAAAACAGGAAACUGGUGGCUAAGGGUUGGCAAAGACAUCAUAGGUUACUGGCCUGGCAAGUUGUUCACUUCGCUAGGAAAUGGAGCUACGAGAGUUGAAUGGGGAGGUGAAAUCGUUAACUUAAAGACUGGUGGGAAACACACGAGCACGGACAUGGGAAGUGGGCAUUUUGCAUAUGAAGGUUACAAGAAAGCAAGCUAUGUCAGGAACCUUAAGAUAGUUGAUGGAACUAAUACUCUGAGAGAACCAAAGAGUCUUUACUACUUUGCUGAUAAACACAACUGUUACAAUGUGAAGACAGGAAAUGCUGGGACUUCUUGGGGGAUUCAUUUCUUCUAUGGUGGUCCAGGUCGUAACGUUAAGUGUCCUUGAUUUACAUAUGUGUUCAAAAGCUUUUGUGGAUUUCACAUAUCUAUAUAUUUAAAUAAGAUUAUGUUAAUUUGCUGGUGUGUGUAUGUGAGUGUGCUUAUGAUAAUAAAGAUAAAAACAAGUCAUUGAAGAAAAACUUCCACGUCAUGAGAGAUGAUCUCAUUCAUAUGUAAAUCAAGAAAAACUUUCCUUUGUCCAGGAGUAUAUCAAUUGAUAUCAAUCUGGUUACAGCUUUGAAAUAAUACGAGCAGAAUAAAGGCGCAUUUAUUGAAAA